GCGCGGGCUGGGCCCAGGGCGACAGCGGAGCCUUCACGCCGCUUUCUCCGCGCGCUGACGGAGGAUUCCUGGCCUCACAGCAGUGCCUGGGCUGUGGGCGUCCCCGGCAGUCCUCGGCUGCGGGACCUGUAUCGGGACUGCGCAAAGUGGGCUUCCAGGAGAGCGGGGCGGCCCUCAGUCAGCUGACCCCUUGGAGCGUGGGGCAGCCCAGGCCCGUGAGGCCGCCAGUGUCACCCUCAGGCCCGCGAGGCCCCCGAUCCCCUUGUGGGGUCCAAGGCCCAUUCUGGAUCAGUCACGAGGCAAGACCGCGGACCCUCAGGAGAUCACCAGGAGCCCGCCGCGCAUUCCUCCGCCUCCACCGCGCCGGUCACCUGCUCAGCCCGAGGGCAGCCAGCGGCCAUCGCCCCAGUGAGGCGGCCGGUGAGGAGCUGAGGCCGUGACCAGGGCAGCGCCCCGCGAGUCAGCGUCAGUGCCCGCGCCAGCCGGUUCCUCAGACAAUCAGCUCACCAUUCCCAUCGCUUAUGCUGGGCAAUCAUCAAUAUACCCGCUGUCAUGUCAUCUCAUUUUGCAACUUCUUCAAACAAAGCAUGAAGAGAGAAAGCAAAGAAUUGUGAAAUGAGAAGCCGACCCCUCCCGCAAUGCCCGCCCCGCCGUGCGCCUCCUGCCAUGCUGCACGCGCCGCCCUCCGCCGUCCGCUCUCGGGCCAAGCGCUGUGCGGUGCCUGCUUCUGCGCCGCCUUCGAGGCCGAGGUACUGCACACGGUGCUCGCCGGCCGCCUGCUGCCGCCCGGCGCGGUGGUGGCCGUGGGCGCCUCGGGCGGCAAGGACUCCACGGUGCUGGCGCACGUGCUGCGCGCGCUGGCGCCGCGCCUGGGCAUCUCACUGCAGCUCGUGGCCGUCGAUGAGGGCAUCGGUGGCUACCGGGACGCGGCGCUGGCGGCCGUGCGGCGCCAGGCGGCGCGCUGGGAGCUGCCGCUCACGGUCGUGGCCUACGAAGACCUCUUUGGGGGCUGGACGAUGGACGCCGUGGCCCGCAGCACAGCCGGCUCCGGCCGCAGCCGCUCGUGCUGCACCUUCUGUGGAGUGCUGCGGCGCCGGGCGCUGGAGGAAGGGGCGCGCCGCGUGGGAGCCACGCACAUCGUGACAGGUCACAACGCCGACGACAUGGCGGAGACCGUGCUCAUGAACUUCCUACGGGGCGACGCGGGGCGGCUGGCCCGGGGCGGGGGCCUGGGCUCUCCCGGCGAGGGGGGCGCCCUGCCGCGCUGCCGCCCGCUGCAGUUCGCCUCGCAGAAGGAGGUGGUGCUGUACGCGCACUUCCGCCGCCUCGACUACUUCUCCGAGGAGUGCGUCUACGCGCCCGAGGCCUUCCGCGGCCACGCCCGGGACCUGCUCAAGCGCCUAGAGGCGGCGCGGCCGUCGGCGGUGCUGGACCUCGUGCACUCGGCCGAGCGCCUGGCGCUGGCCCCGGCCGCGCGGCCCCCGCGCCCCGGCGCCUGCUCCCGCUGUGGGGCGCUGGCCAGCCGCACGCUCUGCCAGGCCUGCGCGCUCCUGGACGGCCUGAACCGCGGCCGGCCCCGCCUGGCCAUCGGCAAGGGCCGCCGGGGUCUGGACGAGGAAGCGACGCCGGGGACGCCCGGGGAUCCGGCCCGGCCUCCCGCCUCCAAGGCAGUCCCCACCUUCUAGCGACUUCGGGCCUCCCGCCGGGAUCUGAUGCCGCGGGGUGGGGGCUGCCUGUAAAUGACACUGUGAAUAAACCCGUUACCUUA